UCUCUCUCUCUCACUCUCUUUGCAGAAAUGGAAGAACUUCCACUCUCUCGCCACAAGAAGCCUACAUCUGUACAGAAAAUCAAGCUUCUUUGCAGCUUCAAUGGUUCCUUUCUACCGAGGCCACCUUCUGGGAAGCUACGCUACGUUGGUGGCGAAACUCGUAUCAUCUCUGUCGACAGGAACGUUGGUUUCUUGCGACUUCGAUCCAAGAUAUUGGAGCUUUGCCCUCUCAAUCCUUCAUUCUCUCUCAAGUACCAGCUCCCUGAAUCUGACGGUGUCGAUGGAUAUGCCCCCCUAGUUUUAAUAACCACGGACGAGGAUGCUAGGUGCAUGAUCGAUGAGUACGAUAAGCUCCUGUCUCACGGCAAGCCUCGACGUCUUUGGCUAUUCGUCUGCAACGAUAACGGGGAAGUUAAAACAGAGGCGAAACCCUGCAUGAACGGGGUCGUUGGUUUGGGUGAUCGUUUGUGUGGGUUUGCAGCAGAAACUGAGUCCUCUGUCCCCCAUUUGGCCAGAAUUCAGAAUUCUGAUCACUUCUUUCCAAACCACUCUUUAGCACCCAAGAUUCCCAUGAUUCAGAAUGUUGAACUCCGUUCCGAGGAUUCACUCAGAAAAAUGGUGUUAGAACAACAGAUUAUGGCAAGACAGGAAGCUGGAUUUCAAAGUCCUCAUGGCUUUUUCAUCUCGAAAACCUCUGAACGGGAAAAUCCGUUUCCGUCCACCUGCUCUGUUGGAGUCCAAGGAGAAAUAACCUAUGAACCACUAGUUCCAUCAAGCCACCCAACCAAUGUUCAUAGUUUUCGCGACUCCUAUGGCUUGAAUGUGUUGGACUACAAUCUCCCUGUGACUUGCAAACUGAGUCAUUCUCUGAGCGGUUUAAACCCCUCACCAGAAUCUCACUUACAGUCUUUAAAUCUGAAUGGUGGACAUCUAGGACUGCAGAGGAAUCGUUCUAUUCAAUUUCUGCCUAGUAGAUUUGGUGAAGGCUUGGCUAAUGGUGGUAAAUUCAAUGCUGGCAGUUCUGAUCAAUCGGUUGCAACAGUUAAGUUCUUGAAGCAAAUACAGAGUCCUAAUAUAGCAUCAAUGACCGCUGGCAUUAAUGUUGAACAGGGUCGCCAAAACAUUGAGCGUGUUCCCAUGGGAGUACUGAAUGGGGAAAAUGUUAUGCCAUGGACUACCUGUUUUGAUUCAGUGGAGACAUGUAGAACUCCGGUUGGAGGCAGCAAUCAGUUCUUUGGAGGGGUCUCUCCGUUGAAGCCUUCUGUUACCUACGACAGGGCAUCAGGAAAUUAUCAGUGCGGAGUCCGAAUUCAUCGAUUUGGUGCAGGAGACGUUAGAAAUCAACGGCUGAAUUCACAUUAUGUGCGAAACCAUCGUGGUAAUCUACUACUAGAGAUGGGGAACCAUCGAGCCAUUGGGCUUGAUGGCAAGCCUUGUUUCUCGAAGUGGUAUCCUGGGCUUAGGCCGAGUUCAAACAUUUCGAAACAUGGGCAGGCUAUGCGAUCAAAUCUUGCCCUUUAUUGGAAGCCUUGGUCAGGUGCCCUUGAGCAUGCACAGGAAGGUAUGGCAUUGAAGAUAGAAUCUAGCAAGGAUGCCCAACCUCCCUUCAAUCUCAAAAGUGGUAGAGGACUUUUGAGAACACGAAUUUUGCAGCCAACUGAUGGGAGAUAUCCAGUUGAUCAUGUAAGUGGGCAGGGCGGCCUACUAGCUACAGGAAGUCCAAACCCUCCUAGGGACCAUUUAGUUUUCCAUGGUAUGAGCCAUGGCUCAUGUUACCAACCUCUCCAGCCUCAUAAUUCAGUUAAGAACCCAGUUCAGUGCUUCAAGCAUAUGACUACUGCAGAGGAUCUCUCAAGUGAUCUAAAUCACACAAAGCAUGAAACUCCAUCUCAGACGGUGUGCAACAAUUCCCAUGCAAUUCCAGUUGAUAGCUUCCAUCACCCUUUAAUUGGUAAGCAAAAUGGUCAUGAGUUGAGUAAGAAGCCAUUACUCAUGGAUCCAAUAGAAGACGUUGAGUUCAGUACAUGUUCCAUUGACCGAGGCUGCUUCAAUGGCUCCAAGUUGGGUGAUAAGAGCCGAUGUCCUUUGUCGGAUAAAAAAACAGGACUAGAUCCCAAGACAGGUGUUAAAACAUUAACCCGUAAUCCCGAUUGUAUUGAUAUUUCAUCGGGCGUGCAUCUUUCUUUGGAUAAUCUUUCACUGUCGAUAUCCAAAGAAUUGGAGCCCCCAACUCUUCCACCUUCCCCUGCCAGAGAUGAUGUUUUGGAAUCCUUGCCUAGGUGUGAAAUGGAUCUCCAACAAAGUUCUCCAGAUACCAUGGAUGAAGGCCACCUUAGCUCAAACUCAAGCAUUGGGAAAUCAAAUGGACUAGGAUCUAAUUGUUCCAUCAAGAAUCCAGCUGCAAAGUUGAGUAAAGAUCUUGGUCUCAAAGAGGACAACCAGGCUGAGCUCAAGGGAUCUCACACGUGCUCUAAGAUAGAUGGUGGAAUCCGUAAUGAUCUUGAAUCCUUUUACACCCAUUUAGCUACUCAAGAAUUGCAGGCCAUUAAAAAUUCUGACCUUGAAAAUAUAAGAGAGCUUGGUUCUGGCACAUAUGGAACUGUUUAUUAUGGGAAGUGGAAGGGAUCUGAUGUUGCCAUCAAGCGCAUAAAGCCAAGUUGCUUUACUGGAGGUGAAGAGGAUCGAUUGAUUGCAGAUUUUUGGAAGGAAGCUCAUAUGCUAAGUCAGCUUCACCAUCCAAAUGUGGUGGCAUUCUAUGGUGUGGUUACUGAUGGACCAGUGACAAAUUUAGCAACGGUGACAGAGUUCCUGGUGAAUGGCUCCCUCAGGCAUGUUCUAAGAAGAAAAGAUCGAACAAUUGAUCGUCGGAAAAGGCUAAUUAUAGCAAUGGAUGCAGCCUUUGGCAUGCAAUAUCUGCAUGAGAAGAACGUUGUCCAUUUUGAUUUGAAGUCUCAUAACUUCUUGGUGAAUAUGAGGGAUCCCCACCGACCAGUAUGCAAGAUUGGGGAUCUUGGCUUGUCAAAAAUUAAACAGAGAACACUAGUAUCUGGUGGGGUAAGAGGAACUAUACCUUGGAUGGCUCCUGAGCUUUUGACCAGUAAAGACAGGAUGGUAACUGAAAAGGUUGAUGUGUACUCAUUUGGGAUAGUUAUGUGGGAACUUUUAACUGGGGAUGAACCUUAUGCAGACAUGCGUUCAGAGGAGAUAAUCGCUGGUAUAAUCAAAGGUGAUCUACGACCUGAGGUCCCUAGCUGGUGUGAACCUACAUGGAGGUCAUUGAUGGAGAGGUGUUGGUCAUCUGAUCCUGAAUUAAGGCCAGGUUUUCCAGAGAUUGCUAAGGAGCUACGUGCCAUGUCAGCGGCUAUCAACAUCAAGUGACUACCGAGCUGGACCACUAGUUGAAAUGGAUAUUGAUCAUUUAGUUGAGCAUAACCAAUUGAAAGGUUGAUCAUGUAAAUAUGAUUAGAACAGCAGGUAUAGAAGCAUCCUGAGACGUGAACAAAUUCGCCGUCCGGUGUCUCAUGUUUGACCUGAAGUCCUGAACAUAUUGACUGGGUUCAGGUAGAACCGUUGAAGUUCGAAUGUAUUGGGACUGGUUCUGCAGCUUUAUAGUUAAUAUAGGAGGAAGGACGAUUGGAAUUCAGAUGAGUACUCGAAAAAUUGGUCAAGUAAAAGAGAGCUUGUAUGUUUCCUGGUAGUCCCGGCUACUGAUCCUUGAAUGUUUUAUAGAAUGCUAAUAUUCAUUGAUUUGUGAUUUCAGUACUCUCUCUCGCCUGUGUGCACGAAUAGAGAGAAAUCCAGAUCCCACCAGUGGAGGUCUUUCCUGUAUGAUUAUAAGGAUAAUGGUAAUUGCAAUUGUGUAUGCUGCUACCAAAUAAUGAUAGACAAUUGCACCUUUGUUUUUUUGGGACAAAACUAAUGUGUGAGAGAGUGUUUUUAAAAACUAUUCAUGUAAGAUAUGGGUGAGAACUGCAAACUGAAUUCAGCCUUAAAUUUUCAGCAUUAAUGAGAGUUCCUUGCA